CGCAUUUGACUAUUGUUUGUCUUACGAAACAGAACCAAAUCCGGCAACCGGUGCCAGAACAAAAUAUAAAAAACCUAAACAAAUCAACACAGAAUUUAACAAAAGUGCUUAGCCAUUAAAAAUAAUAAAACACAAAACCAAUUUGUUGAACUCAAAUAAAAAACAAAAGGCAAAGGAGAAAAAUAUCGUGUGAAAAUAAAUAUGAAGCUGCUGUGCGGUGUUCUGCUGAUCGCGUUGGCUGUCAGCGACGUUUGGACUUUGCCAGCCCGCAACAGUCCGCAGGACGAUGCGGAGGUGAUUGCCGUGCGGCCCACACCAAGCGAUCCGGCUUUCCGUGACUUUAAGGGCGUAAUCGAUACGGGCGCUGAGACUCCAUUCCUGCAACCGGAUCCGUCUGUCUUCCACUUUUCCCUGGGCAUUCCCAAUUCCUUUGAUGACAUUUUCCGCCGUCUGCGCGCCCGUCUCUGGCCCAUCGCCGUGGAUUCAGAUGAGAUUGCCGGCUCCGGCGAUUCGUCUGAGAGUCUUAAUCCCCUCAGCUUUGGCCUGCGACCGCUGACAACGCUGAACGACAAGAAUGGUAAUACCACAUCGACGGUUAAGGUGGUUAAUGGUCACAAGGUGGAGAUCAAUGAGACCGUCUACGGUGACGCGAACAGCUCGUUCAAGGUGCGUUUGGUCAAUGUGCGUCCGCUGGAGAGCGGCGAACAGGUGGCCGAGGGCGUGAUCAAUAAUCACGGUGGCUACCAGUCGGUAAGUUCGCCCAGCACAUCGGCGCCGCCGCAGCAGCGCCACGAAUUGGAUGAUUCCGAGGAGGACAACGAUCGCCGUGAGCCGCUCGAGAAACAGCCCAAGGACAAUGAGGUGCGCGACAUCGAUGAGCCUCAGGUAUAAAAGCUUUUUACCAGCAUUUCCAAGCAAAUUUUGAAAAAAAAAAAACAAAAAAAUAUUAAAAACGCAUCUAACCAGGAAAUGUUUGCAAAAC